UGGUAUUUUAACCAAGUAAGUUGGAAUGCCCUUUUAGUCUCGGAAUCCAUCGAUCCAAAACCCUAAUUGAAGUUGUCUUGUCUGCGUUCUCAAACGUUGUUGCUUGCUGCUGCUGCAUAGUUGAUCGAAAGCAUGACAACAUCAUUGUCCAGCAUCCUUUUCAAGGGAAUUGCAGCUCGUUCUUUCACCGCCCCUCUAACUAGGUCCUGUUAUCAUGGAAUGAGAUACUUUGCUACUGUAUCAAAUGAUCCUGACACACAUGAUGACUUCAAGCCAGCUAAUAAACUUGAGAAUUCCAACAUUUCUUUGGCUGAUGUUAUUGAGCAGGAUGUCAAGGAUAAUCCUGUUAUGAUUUACAUGAAAGGUGUGCCUGAUUUUCCACUGUGUGGAUUUAGUUCUCUUGCAGUUAGAGUGUUACAACAAUAUGAUGUUCCUUUAAGUGCUAGAAACAUUUUGGAGGAUCCUGAACUGAAAAAUGCUGUAAAAGCUUUCAGUAACUGGCCAACAUUUCCACAAGUUUUCAUUAAGGGAGAGUUUAUCGGUGGAUCAGAUAUUGUUCUUAAUAUGCAUCAGACGGGUGAUUUGAAGGAAAAGCUUAAAGAUAUUACGUCCAAGCAGUAAAAGGACGAGUAAUGUGAUGAAAUUCAAAGAGAGUGAGGUAGUUUAGACAAACUUAUUUGAUGUAAUCUGUUUCUGUUGCUGAAAGAUGUCCUUAUGUAACUUCUUUGAACUAGAUUUUCUGGAUGGUAUUAAGUUAUUCGGCAAAUAAAAAAUUGUACUUUUAAGUUAUUCCUUUCUAUAAAA